GACAGACUGAAUGGCGAAUGACUUUUAAGGUUAUAAACUAGUAACCUAAAAAUCUGCUGGUGCAGAAAACUCGUGGUUUCUCGCCUUAAAAAUGACCGAAAAUUCUACAAAUUCAAUGGAAACUCUACCAGAUGCAACCAGUGAACGAAUAGAGAGCAAUUUGGGCCAAUCAGAACGCUUGUCCGCGGAAGCCCUAAACAGCCCCAUAUCGACAGAGCACGGUGAUGAAAAGUUCAAUGGGGUGGAGAUAUCAAAACUGACUAAACGGCAGUUGAAAAAGUACCACAAGUACAUGCAAUGGCAGAAGGCGAAGAAAGAAAAACGCAGCAAGGAGAAGCAGAAGAGCAAAGAGAAACGCAAACAUGCCAAGCUCAACAACAUCGAUCUGGGCCCCAGCCGGAAGGAGCUGAAAAGGAAGACGAUGGAAGCUAGUCCUUGUCAAACUGCAGUGUGCAUUGACUUGAGCUUCGACGAUUUAAUGAUUGACAAGGAUAUGGCCAAGACAGUAAAGCAAAUUUUACGGGUGUAUACUGAAAACCGGAGGGCGUCCGCUCCCAUGCAACUUCACCUAAGCAGCUUUAAGGGGCGCAGCAAGGAAGAAAUGGAAAGGCACAAUGGAUACCAGCAUUGGGACAUUCACUUUCACGAGAGCCACUAUUUGGACAUUUUCCCUAGGGACAAGCUAGUUUAUUUAACAAGCGACAGCGACAACGUUAUACACAAUCUGGAAGACGACAAAGUUUAUAUAAUUGGCGGUUUAGUGGACCAUAAUGGGCAUAAAGGCAUCUGCUACAAUAAAGCUGUAGAAGAGGGCAUAGCACAUGGUCAGCUUCCAAUUGGAGAAUAUUUCUGGAUGAAACAACGAAAGGUCUUAACAAUAAAUCAAGUCUUCGAGAUCCUAAUCAGAGUCAGUGAAGGCAAAACGUUCAAAGAGGCAUUUGAACUGAUUCUUCCCAGAAGAAAAGAAAUAGUGUCUCUCACCAAAACACCCGAGAAAACAAAGUGUGAUUGAAGUGAUCAAGUUAAGAGAAACACUAGGAAAUAUUUGAUAUGAUUAUAUUAAGAAACGGGCCGUUUUCAAAAUAUACAUUUUACUUAA